CAUUUGCAUAGCACCAGGAAGUUUUUUUAGGUCGAAUUUUCGAACUCAUCUCGUGGUCAGUUCUUCGAAGCCUACUCUGUUCAGUGGAUUCUGAGAAGAUAUGUGUAAUUUUAGGGUCAGCCUAAAUGCUGAGCCAUGGUCAGAUAACUGAUAUUUGUUGGCGAGACUGUAUGUUUUUACAGUAGGCUAUCCUUAACUGGGUAUUCACAAUGGUCUCCGUUUCAUGGGGCAGCGUACUGUUGACGUUGAUUUCUGGGAUAUCUGGACUGAGAAUUCUCAACCAGUCCUCUCUGAGUUGUACUCAACCGGAACUGAGGUGCAGAGUCGUUCAAAAUAAUUGUUUGGAAGAAGGAUGGCUAAAGGAGAGGCGGUAUACUCCUAGCUCCCCAAGGGAUUUGGAGGUAUCAGUGGAUGUGAGAAAGGAUGAGAAUGGUGACUUCCAGCCUGUGCUUGUGGCUCACUGGAAAGCAAGUGAUGACGGAAGCAUUCGUUACCUCAAUGGAACUAUGCUCGAUGUCUUGCAUUCGGGUACCAAUUACCAUUUUUGUUUGAAAUAUAUUUUUCUGGAUAAAUUUACUGAUAUGAGGAAACACAAUGGAGAACAGUGGUCAUUUUCAACAGACCAAGUGAUACUUGAUCCUGCAGUGGAGUACCUUGUGACUGUCCACAACCUGCCUCGGCCAAACCUUGGUUACACCUCUUACCAUAUAAAUAAAAGUGUCCGUGUUCCAGAUUGCACAAAUGUAAAAAUACGGAAAACUAAAGCAUGUUUGGAUAGUGGAUAUCAUUGGCAACCCAACGUUACCUGGAGCAAAGAAGGGAGCAGUCCGGGGACACUCACUGUGAGCUUCAAUACUGGAGAACUUGCCGACCGCUACAGAGUGACUGUCAAGUGUAAGGCGGACAGAGAGACUCAAGAGCUGAAGAAUAGUAACACAAUAUCACUGAGUGCUGUGUACAACCUUGGUCAAUUUCCUUCAACUUGCUGUGACUUUGAUGUCCAGAUCCAACCAUUUUUUCCAUCGUGUUCUAAUGACUGUGUCAGAAUGACGAGGUUCAUCAACAUUUGUCCAGCACAACCAACUGUUCCACCAGACAAGGACCCAAAGCCAGCUAUGACAUUCAUCAUAGGCAUCAUUGCUGGCCUUCUGUUCGUUUUUGCUAUUGCAUGCUGUUUUGCCUUGGUGUUUCUACACUGCAGAAAGAGCCAAAAAGGCAAAGUGCUCCCCCUGCCAGCCAUCACGGAGGCCCUCAAGCCUGCCCCCCGCACGGUGCUGAUCAUCUACUCCCAGGACCACAAGCUCUACACCAACAUCGUGCUGAAGCUCUGCGCCUUCCUGCGGGCCAAGUGCGCCACGGACGUGGUGAUGGACCAGCUGGACUCGGCGUGGCUGGGCACGGUGGGCCGCCUGCCCUGGCUGGAGCAGCAGCGGCGGCGCAUCGACAAGGUGCUGAUCCUGUGCUCGCGCGGCGUGCGCGCCAAGUGGGACGCCAUGUGCGGCCAGCCGGCCGUCACCCUCGCCGAGGACCUGCUCUCGCCCACCGACGACAUGACCACGGCCGCGCUCAACCUGAUGCUGCCCGACCUGCAGCGCGCCGCCUCGCUGGGCAAGUACCUGGUGGCGUACUUCGACGAGGUCAGCAGCGAGCGCGACGUGCCGUCCGUCUUCGGCCUCGGCGUCAAGUACCGGCUCAUGAAGCAGUUCGAGGAGUUCUUCUUCCGCAUCCAGGACAUGGAGAAGUACCAGCCGGACCGGGUCAACACCAUCGAGGGCAUCGCCAGCGACGACUACUUCGGCUGUCCCUCGGGUCAGGAGCUGAAGCAGGCCAUCGAGGCCUUCCGCGCCUACCAGCUGGACAACCCCGACUGGUUCGAGAAGGAGUGCGUGAGCGACGAACAGGAGGCGAUCGACGAACGGAAGCCGCUCAUCGACCCGAGCCUCUAUCCUCCGAUUCUCAAGUGCGAGCCGCUCCUGAACGAAGGCCUUCCCGUCCUCUUAAACGAAGUCGACGUCCGUCCAGUGGACCACCCGGCACAGUGCGUCCUCCAGCUCACCCCAGAGAUCAACCACAGCGCCGUGGGCGCCACCGUGCAGGAACUGGACCUGAGAAACCUCCCCGGGAACCAGCCCCUGGUGCACCUCGCUCAUCCAGAGGCACGGCCACGCGCGGCGGAGGACGCUAGUCACCUGGUCUCGCACAACGAGCCGCGCCCGAGGGAAAAACCUGUCCUGCGAGAGGUCCGCGUUGACGGAGAGCCGCUCAGGAAUGAGGAGGCGCCGACUUCCGCGAGGGCGUCCUACAACACGCCUUCGCUCCAGGCGCUGCAGCAGCUGCUGGCUCUCCAGCAGUGCCUCACGCCGCUGGAUGUACCCGUCCCUUCCGUGCUGAGGGCUCAGCCCGAAGCCCAGCCCGUGCUUGGGGGCAGCCCCUCGCAGGCCGUGGAGAUGGCAGAAGAAGACAAGGUGUAUGAGUAUGAGGAAGAGGAAGCUGAAGUGAUGGAGGUGGCGGUGGUGGAGAAUGCGGUGGUGGGGAGUGAAUCACUCGUGGCGGCUGGGGCCGAGGAGGAGGAGGACUCUGGGAAGAGACAGUCGCGUGGCUCCGACCAAGGCUACGGCUCGAGGGAGACACCCAUCACUGACCCCCCGCCUGCCUCCUCCCUGAUGGCUUUGGCUGCCCUGCAGCAGUCUCUGUUCAUGGCGAGUCCCAGGACCUCUGGCUUUGGCUCGGAGACAGCACCAAGCUCUGACGGGCAACAGUACAGCCCGUCAGAUGAGUGUGUCUUCAGAAGCUGAUUGCACCAUUGACUUUGUUAAUACAGUUGUUUUUUGCUUCGCUUCACUUAUCAGUAGGGCUGCACAAUCGUAAUCGGAAUCGUAAUGGGAACCAGCGCAAUUACCUAAUCCCAAAAGAUACAAGUAAUCGUGACGUGCACUAUACAUUUUGUCACAUUUCUGACUUUUAAUUUCAUUUCAUCCUCCUUGACUGUGCCACUUCUGAUUGGUGGAUACGCAUGGUAUGUAAGGAGCACAGACAUUCUUGAUUGGUCAGCAUCACAGUUGGUUGGCGCUGUGUUUCUUGGGCACUGGGUGUCCUCAACAAUCAUGGGUGGCACAAAUUGGACUAUUGAACUCAAUCAAUUCAUUGACAUUCAAAAAUUAUAUUGCAAAUUCCAAAAUCUAUCAGAAACCUCACAAUUAGAUAUUUUCCCCAAAUUGUGCAACCCUAGUUAUGAGUUACUGUUUGUAUACAUUAAGCAAAAAUGUCGUCACUGCAUACGUAUGUUUUAUUAGUUUAUUUAAGAUGCCAGUAAUUCCAUAUUUUAUCGUACAUGUAAUAAGUACUUAAAAAAAGAUUCAUAUCAGUUUACAGAUAUACAAUGUUUUAUACAUGAUAUACUUUCGGUAAAGAAGUGGAAACUGGACAUAUAUUCUGCCAACAAUUUACAAACAAUUGUGUGGUCAGAGAAACUGAUUCCAAAGAAAUGUUUAUGUGUGCUUACCUUAUGUAUCAACCUACUUGACUACAUUCUUUGGUAGGACAGGGGACACUUUCAUAAUCAUAAAUCCAAUGCAUUGCAAACUAGUACUCUGCUUCCUCUAAUGGUUUCACAUUGAGUAGAUAACUUAUAAAGAAAAUUGAUUUUUGUUUUUUUUGUAUACCUUUACACACUUUGGUAUGAUGUAAUUCAUUCAUCUCUAGAAAAUACAAGGGGGGGGGGGUUAACUCUUCUGUACAGCAUGUCUUGAAUUACAGUUUUCAAUUUGUGUGUGAGUUUUGAAAGGAGGCACAAAAUAAUGUUUCAUUUACUUAAUGCACUGCUGGCCUGCAUAUUCAGUCGCUUUCAGAAAAUAAUAAAUCAUGCCUACAUUC